ACGUUUCGGCGGCCAGCGCACUCCGUUUGAACUCUCUGUUGAUCACGUGAUAGCACGACGAGACAGGUAUGCCCGGCCGAUCGUGAGCAGCCUUUCAGGGCCGCCGGCGUUCAGCGGCACAACCAGAGAAGCCGCAGUCAUGGAUCAGAUAUUCGGAGGGCUCAAGAGCUUCGUGAAGAUCGACACGAUCGUCACCGACAACCACGCGUUCCGGCUGCACUACAAGGUGACGUGCGCACUGCUCAUCGGCUUCAGCAUCCUAGUCACCAGUCGACAGUACAUCGGCGAUCCUAUCGACUGCAUCACGAAGGACAGUGUGCCCACGCGAGUACUGGACACUUUCUGCUGGAUUCAUUCGACGUUCAGCGUCAAGGACUCCUGGGACAAGAAAGUGGGCACUCAGAUUCCGUACCCCGGCGUCGAUAAGUAUUCGCCGGGCGAGAAGCGAGUGUACCAUGCGUACUACCAGUGGGUCUGCUUCGUACUCUUCCUUCAGGCCGUGCUCUUUUACGUACCCCGCUACCUGUGGCUCGCGUGCGAGGGCAAGAAGAUCAACACGCUCGUGCUCGACCUCGGAUCGCCCAUCCUGAGCGACGACAAGCGAAAGCACAACCGUAAGCUCCUCCUCGAGUACUUCGCCAACAAUGUCGGUCAGCACCAAAUGUACGCCGGCUACUACUUCUUCUGCGAGCUCCUCAACUUCGUCAACGUCGUCGGACAAAUCUACCUCAUGGACCACUUUCUCGGCGGCGAAUUCACCAAGUACGGGCUGAAGGUGAUCCAGUUCAGCGAGUGGGACUGGGCCGUCCGCUUCGACCCCAUGGUCAAGGUCUUUCCGAGGCUGACGAAGUGCACUUUCCACAUGUACGGCUCGUCCGGAGACGUGCAGAAGCACGAUGCAAUGUGCGUCCUCCCGAUCAACAUCAUCAACGAGAAGAUCUACGUGUUCCUCUGGUUCUGGUUUGUCAUCCUAGCCGUUGUUUCCGCCCUCGUGCUGGUGUACCGCGUUCUGCUGUUCAUCUCGCCUCUUGCCAGGUUUCAUUCCAUCAAGUCAAAGGCACGCCUCACCAACGGUACCCAACUGGAGCGUGUGCUCGAACGGAGCCAAAUGGGAGAGUGGUUUCUGCUCGAUCUACUCGCCAAGAACUUGGACCCCGUCCACUACAGGGAUCUCAUCACGGACCUCGACAAACACCUGGGAAGCAAGGUUCCCGAGCCCGUCUGAUAAUAUGCAUAGUAUGUUAUUUUGUUUCUGUGACCUCUGAGAUACAUCAGCGGAACUGCAUCAAGUAAGAGUUAGAUGGACAUCUUUCUCUCAAGCCACGACACUUCGCGAGUGAGACUCGCGAACUAAGCAAUAAAGGAUGAGCGCACA